AGACAGAAGAGUCACAGUGACAACCCAUCUUAACUACUGUAGGUCAUAGGGAAGAUUUCUUUUGAAGGAUGCAGACGUUUUUUAUUGCAAGCAUCCUUUUCACAGCCUGUUGUGCUGUUCCUCGAGAUCUGUCAGGUAAAAUGUUUACGUUUCCUGUGGAGUCCAAUGUUGCUCGUGUCAGACUCCCGCCAUCAAGAAAUAACUUCACCUCUGUGACCGUCUGCCUCAGGUUCUUUACCGACCUUACUCGAUCCUACUCUCUUUUUUCUACUGCAUCCACCGCCAAUAACAAUGACUUCCUAAUCUUCAAAACCGCAAACAAAGGUCGUUUUGAAGUGCACACACGUGGCGCAAACUCUCAAUUUAAUGGCCUACCAGAUGAGCCGAACACCUGGUACUCCAUCUGCAGCACCUGGGAUUCCAACUCCGGACUGGCUCAGGUCUGGAUCAAUGGGAACUCAAGUACCAGGAAGGUCGGAUUCAAGGGAAAUCUGGAUGGAAAGCCAAGCAUAGUACUGGGACAAGAGCAGGACUCGGUGGAUGGAGGGUUUGCUGCAGCCCAGUCAUUUGUAGGGAUGAUCACUGAUGUCCAUAUGUGGGACUAUGUCCUUUCUGCUUGUGAGAUUCAGCGGUUUGCUAGUGACCUGAACUUCACCCCUGGUGAUGUCAUCAACUGGAGAGCCCUUGAUUUCAACAUCGUUGGGGAUGUUGUAAUUGAGGACAGUCAGACAUAUGGUUGUUUUCAUAAUCAGUAAUGAUAAAUAAAUGGGUAAACAAAUCUA